AUGCUUCUUCCCUCUCUUGCUCUUGCGGCCUUCUCGCUAGGCGCGGCGGCCAAGUCCCAUACUGGCUCGCCCGCUCACUAUGAUUUCAUCAUUGUCGGUGGAGGCACCAGCGGCUUGGUGGUGGCCAACCGCCUCUCGGAGAUGAGAAAUGUCACGGUGGCAGUCAUCGAGGCCGGCGAGUCCGCGUUGAACAACUUCAACGUGUCGAAUGUUAUGGGCUACAGCACCGCAUUCGGCACGCAGGUUGACUGGGCCUACCAAACUGAGAACCAGACCUACGCAGGGGGUCUGAAGCAGACGAUCCGUGCUGGAAAGGCUCUGGGUGGUACCAGCACUAUCAAUGGAAUGUCCUAUACCCGAGCCCAGGACGUGCAGAUCAAUCUCUGGGAGACGUUCGGAAACGAAGGUUGGAACUGGGAGACACUGUUGCAGUACUACAAGAAAUCGGAGGCCUUCCAAGUGCCCACCAAGGACCAGAUUGCCCACGGAGCCAAUUACAAUGCCAGCUAUCAUGGCCUGCACGGCCCUCUGAAGGUCGGUUGGCCCAAAUCCAUGACCAACAGCAGCGUCUUUCCCGUUCUGGAGCAGACCUUUGGGAAACUGGGCGUUGAGUACAACCCAGACUCGGAGGGGGGCCAGAUGGUCGGAUUCACCGUCCACCCUGACACCCUGGACCGGGAGAUGAACGUUCGCGAAGACGCAGCCCGCGCCUACUACUGGCCCUAUGAAGCCCGCUCGAACUUGAAGAUCAUCUCCAACACGCGCGCGAACAAGGUCAUCUGGGCCAACACCACCCAAAGCGAGGAGGCUGUGGCCGUGGGAGUCGAGGUCACCAACGAGUACGGCACGCAGGCGAUCUACGCAGACAAGGAGGUCAUCCUGUCGGCCGGUGCGCUGCGCUCGCCCGCCAUUCUAGAGCUGUCGGGCGUGGGCAACCCGACCCUCCUCAGCAAGCACAACAUCCCCGUCAAGGUCAACCUGACCACGGUUGGCGAGAACCUGCAGGACCAGACCAACAACGCCCUCACCUGGGACGGCGUCGACACCCUGACCGGCCUGGCCACCUUCUCAGUCUUGCCAUCGGUCAACCAGCUGUACGGCGAGGAUAACGCCACGGCGCUGGCUACCUACGUCAAGUCCCAGCUCGCCAGCUACGCGCAGACCGUCGCCAACGCCUCGAACGGGGCCGUCCAGGCCGCCAAUCUCCUGGAGGCUUUCGAGCGCCAGUACGAUCUGAUCUUCGAGGAGCAGGUGCCCUACACGGAGGUCGUAUUUGCCCCCAGCGGGCAGUCCUUUGCCAUCGAGUACUGGCCCCUGCUCCCGUUCUCCCGCGGCAGUGUCCACAUCCAGUCCGCCAACGCCUCCGACCUCCCUGCCAUCAACCCCAACUACUUCAUGUUCGCCCAGGACGCCGAGGCACAGAUCACGGUGGCGCAGUACAUCCGCAAGGCGCUGGGGACCGCCCCGCUGAGCGGGCUGGUGGGCGAGGAGGUCUCCCCGGGCCUCGCGAUGCUUCCAGCCAAUGCAUCCAGCGCUACGUGGACCAAGUGGAUUGAGUCGACCUACCGCACCAACUACCACCCCGUCGGCACGAACAGCAUGCUGCCCCGCGAGAAGGGCGGCGUCGUCAGCCCCGAGCUCAAGGUCUACGGCACCCGGAACCUCCGCGUGGUCGAUGCCUCCAUCCUGCCCUUCCAGCUCUGCGGCCACUUGACCAGCACUCUGUAUGCGGUUGCUGAGAAGGCUUCGGAUAUCAUCAGGGCAAGCUACUAG